AGGAGGAGCAGGGCUCAAACCUGACAUAGCUGCAGCGUCGUGGGACCGGGCAGACUGUUCCAGUCGGUUUGCGGCCUUGGUGAUGGAUUGAGCUUUGAAAGAUGCAGCCGCCCCUACCACCUCCCGAGGUUAGCUCGGAGUUGCAUUCAUGGUUGGUGGAGCUGGGCGUGAUCAAAGGAAAACCUGGUGCUGGCAAGGGAAGCCAUGUGCUGCCUGGAAAGUUUCUAGCGAACCUGGCCUCUGGCGAGGGCUUCGUGGAGCUUUUGAACUCGAUUUUUGAGCGCCAUGCAGUGAAGCAAAGGCUCACAGCGCAUUCAGGGCAGCCGCAUUCCACGUGGACGCAGGUGGCAAAAGGACUACAGCGUUUGUCUGUGGAGUUGGAUGAUGCCGCUGUCGGAACUUUGGCCAGUGGGGACCAAGCCCUAGCCUUGGAGCUUUUGGAGGAGCUUCAUACGGUAUACCAACACUGGGCAGCGCAAGACGCAAAAAAGCAGAGGCGGCCAAAAGGAAGACGUGCACAACCACAGCAGGGACCCAACGGCUAUUCCCACAUGGUCAGACCAGGUGCUCAACCUGUCCUGGUGCCGCCUCCUUCAACAGAAAAAGAUAAGGCAGCUCCAGGUGUAGAGCCGAGCGGCAGGCAUGCCCAAAGUGAUGCACAAGAGGUGACUCCACUUUCCAAAGAAAGAGGUGUCGUCUCUCCUGUAGAGCCAACACUUCCUGGAAGCAUUGAAGAAGCAGCUGAUGAACUUCCAUCCAGUUAUCGCUCCAGGCCAGAUGAGGCUCCUGCACCAAGAGACAAAAGGAGUAAAGCGGUUAUGGAUACGCUCAGCCUUUCUGCGGACCGAGAUUUUACCGUGGCCACUUCGGCUCCUGAAUUGCUGGGCCUGUCGAUGAUUCAGCAAUUCAGAAUCACCCCAGCCCAGGCACAAGAGCUAUUGUCUGACAACGGCCGGCGACUACAGCGUGCCUUCUCCGACGCCAAUGAGCGAAAUGGAGCACACCUUACUAGAUGGCUUGGAUCUUUGACCCAUUAUGGACGAGCAAUUGCGGAGCUUCUUCUCGUGCGUCCAGAGCACGUUGGGUUCACACUCACGAUUUUAGGUCAUGGUUUAAACUCUUCGAGUGAUGCCGGAGAGCUCGCUUGCUCAAUCGUGGCUUCUGUUUGCGGGGCGCUGACUGCAACACACUUGAAGAAAGAUUGCACUGAAUGGCUGGUGAACUCGUCUGCUCUGGGAGAUAUGACAGCUUUGAUGGCCCAGCGACCAGCAUCAACUGCAUCUGCAGUCUCAGUGAUGGUGAGCUGCUGUGGAGACUCGUGGCUCGUUCUGACGGCGCAAUACUUAAAGCACAUUGCAAGAGGAGAACAGGAGUACCUUGCUUUGAUCCACAAUGUGCUCCGAGUCCUUCUGACCACACGAGAGACGGCGGAGG